AUGAAAAAUUAGGCAGAAUAGACAUCCAUUUAAAAUGAAAAAUUCUCUAUCUUCGCAAUCCUGGUUUUACUUUAAUUAUAGUAUUUAUCAAGUCUGAAUUUCGAUGAUCCAAACUGUAUGAAAUAUUUGAACAAAUUUAACAAAUUAAAUCCUAAUGACGGAUUAGGAGAUAUAUACCUUGUCACCAACUCUAAUAAUGCAAAAAUUAGCUUGAGAUUUAUUGAUGCUGAUCUUUUUAAUGAUCCAAUCUAUUUUGGUUUUAUUAAGGAGGAUGGUAAAACAGAUGAUUAGGUUUGUCUAAAACUUAAAUUAUGGUAAUAUACAUCUAAUAAAUACUCUGAUCCAUUGAAAAUCACUGAUUUAACAAUAAUACCAUCAAACAAUUCGGAAAAAUAAUGGAGAUAUUAUUCAUUCAUAUAAGUUCAAAACUAGAUUAGUUGA